AACUCCCCCAGGAAUUCAAAUUUGAACGUUGCUCAAAAGUACAUUUGAUUUCCCCUUUGCCUUUCUCUCUGCGGAUGUGCUUUAUUAUGCCAAUUUACAUCUCGAAGUUGUUCCACAUAUCCCCAUCUGGUCUGGCUUCUGUUCUUUCCUCUGUUAUUUUCUUCUACCUUCUCACAGAAAUUUGAAGAAGAUUAAGAACAUUGGGCGUUUCCAUCUCUCUCGGGAGAUUGCAGCAGAGAAAAGCUCAAUAAAAAUGAUGAAACCUUCUUCUCCUUCUGCUUCCUCUCCGGUCACCAUAACAGUCUCAUCCGGAGGUAAAGGGGGAGGAGGGUUCAGAAGCAUGGGCUUGACUAGCCCAGUGCGGCGCGCUUCAAUAUCGAACAAUCCAAAUUCCCCCCUCAGCAGCAGGGGAAAUUGCAGAUCCAGCGGAGGAGGACGAUACAGUUCGACGUCAAAAGGAGACAUAGAAGAGGUGAAUUCAGAAAAUGUGACUUACUCCAUUUAUAUACCUCCAACCCCGGAUCGCCCGACUCUGUCUGCGUCCAUGAACAGCCUUCCUGCAGAAGACACCCAGAAUCCCCCUAGAAAUCCUGAGGGGAGCUACAUCUCCGGUACUAUUUUUACAGGAGGAUUCGAUUCAGUGACUCGCGCACACGCAAUACAGCACACCGCGGAACAUUUCAGGCCGGAGGAGAAAUCUGAGACAUCUUGUGAAAUGAAGGGCUGCGACGAGAAGGCGAUUCAAUGCCAUUCGAGACCUGUGUGUGACCGUGGAUUUAGGAUUUGCAGAGAGUGCUAUUUGGACUGCAAAAAAACCAGCUCUGAAGCGGAUGACCAGGCACUUCCUUUGCGUCCUAGGGCAGAUUAUAAGCUGGACAACAGGCUUUCGCUUGUGAAAUCGUUCAAAGCGCCGAACCAAACUCCUGAUUUUGAUCACAACCGCUGGCUUUUUGAGACUAAGGGAACAUACGGGUAUGGAAGCGCAUUGUGGCCAAACGAGGGGCAAGGGUUGGGUACUGGGGCUGAUGGGUUUCAGCGCCCACCUGACUCGGGGGAGUCAAGGAGAAGGCCUCUAACCAGGAAGGUUGCUAUUUCUACUGCAAUUAUCAGUCCUUACAGAUUACUUAUGCUGAUUCGUCUGGUGGCGCUUGCAUUCUUUCUUACUUGGAGAAUUAGACAUCCUAAUCAUGAAGCAAUGUGGUUAUGGGGAUUGUCCACGGCUUGUGAGGUCUGGUUUGCUCUUUCAUGGCUAUUAGAUCAGCUUCCCAAGCUCUGUCCUGUAAACAGAGUCACUGACCUCUAUGUUCUUAAGGAGCGUUUCGAAUACCCAAACCUUCGAAACCCAAAAGGGCUGUCUGACCUUCCAGGGAUUGAUGUUUUUGUUUCCACAGCUGAUCCAGAAAAAGAACCUCCACUUGUAACUGCAAACACUAUUCUGUCGAUCCUUGCUGUUGAUUAUCCGGUAGAAAAGCUCGCAUGUUAUCUAUCUGAUGAUGGUGGAUCUCUUCUGACAUUUGAAGCACUUGCCCUGGCUGCAAGCUUUGCCAGAAUUUGGGUUCCAUUCUGUCGGAAGCAUGAGAUAGAACCAAGAAAUCCAGAGGCAUACUUUACACUUAAGGGGGACAAGCUCAGAAACAAAACACGGGUCGAUUUUGUCCGGGAGCGUAAGAAAGUGAAGAGGGAAUAUGAGGAAUUUAAGGCGAGGAUAAAUUCCCUGCCAGACUCAAUGAGGCGAAGAUCCAAUGCUUAUAAUGCUCAUGAAGAGCUCAGAGCAAAGAUGAAACAAAUGGAAAUAGGAGGAAGUGUUUCAGAACCCAUUGAUGUUCCAAAAGCCACAUGGAUGUCGGAUGGUUCUCACUGGCCUGGAACAUGGUCAUCACCAGUCAAGGGUCACUCAAGAGGGGAUCAUUGUAGUAUAAUUCAGGUAAUGCUUCCUCCACCAAAUGCAGAACCAGUUUUUGGUGCAGAAGCAGGUAAGGAGAACUUGUUUGACACAACACAAGUUGAUAUACGAUUGCCAAUGCUGGUUUAUGUCUCUCGAGAGAAGAGACCUGGCUAUGAUCACAACAAGAAAGCUGGAGCCAUGAAUGCUCUAGUCCGAACUAGUGCAGUUAUGUCAAAUGGAGCAUUUAUUCUCAAUCUUGACUGCGAUCACUACAUCUACAACUGUUUGGCUCUGAGGGAAGGAAUGUGCUUCAUGCUCGACAGGGGAGGUGACAGAAUUUGUUAUGUUCAAUUCCCUCAAAGGUUCGAAGGAAUUGAUCCAAAUGAUCGAUAUGCAAACCACAACACAGUGUUCUUUGAUGUGAGCAUGAGAGCCCUUGACGGGUUGCAGGGUCCAAUGUAUGUAGGAACGGGCUGCAUUUUCCGAAGAAUCGCUCUUUAUGGGUUUAAUCCUCCAAGAGCAACAGAACACCAUGGAUGGUUUGGUAGCAGGAAAAUUAAAAAGAUCUUGAGAAAGACUAACAGGGCAAAGAAUCAAACAGAUGAAACGGCAGUACCAAUUUGUGGCGAUUACAAUGAUAUUGAUGCAGAUAUUGAGUCUUCGCUUCUUCCAAAAAGGUUUGGGAACUCUAUUUCCCUGGUUAAUUCCAUACCAGUGACAGAAUUCCAGGGAAGGCUGCUUGAGGAUUUAAGUGGGAGAGGCAACCAAGGCAGGCCAGCUGGUUCUCUCACUGUGCCUCGCGAACCAUUAGAUUCUGCAGCUAUUGCAGAUGCAGUGAGUGUCAUCUCUUGUUUCUAUGAGGAUAAAACUGAGUGGGGCCAAAGGGUUGGAUGGAUAUAUGGUUCUGUGACUGAAGAUGUAGUAACAGGCUAUAGAAUGCACAAUAGAGGGUGGAGAUCGGUGUACUGCGUCACCAAACGCGACGCUUUCCGAGGAACAGCUCCAAUCAAUUUAACAGACAGGCUGCACCAAGUUCUCCGAUGGGCAACUGGUUCCGUCGAGAUAUUCUUUUCCCAAAACAAUGCACUAUUUGCCAGUCACAGGAUGAAGUUCCUGCAAAGGGUGGCAUAUUUCAAUGUAGGAAUGUAUCCUUUCACAUCCAUUUUUAUCCUUACUUAUUGCUUUCUCCCUGCAGCUUCUCUGUUCUCUGGGAACUUCAUAGUCCAAAAUCUCAGUGUGACCUUCCUAAUUUUCUUGCUGGCCAUCACAAUCACCCUGUGCUUGCUUGCAGUCCUCGAAAUAAAAUGGUCAGGAAUUACUCUCCACGAAUGGUGGCGAAAUGAACAAUUUUGGUUGAUUGGUGGAACAAGUGCACAUCCUGUCGCUGUUCUUCAAGGGCUGCUCAAGGUCAUAAUAGGAAUCGACAUCUCAUUCACUCUGACCUCCAAAUCAGCAGCCUCCGAUGAUGGAGAUGACGAGUUUGCAGAUUUGUAUGAAUUCAAAUGGACUUUUUUAAUGGUUCUACCUAUAAUGAUCAUGAUGGUGAACGUAUUCGCCAUUGCAGCCGGGGUGUCCAGGACGCUGUACAGCAUUUUCCCAAGUUGGAGUAAGCUCCUUGGAGGGGUGUUCUUCAGUUUCUGGGUGUUGUGUCAUCUCUACCCAUUUGCAAAAGGGUUGAUGGGGAGGAGGGGAAGAGUUCCAACCAUAGUGUAUGUGUGGUCUGGAUUGCUCUCCAUCACUCUCUCACUGCUAUGGGUGUUCAUAUGUCGCCCUCCUUCCGCGAUGCAAGAUUACACGAAAUUUCAGUUCCCUUGACAACUCUGUGCUCCAAGCAGCUCAGCUUGAACCGAAUCUAUGUGGAUGAAGCCUCUCUACUUCAUCCAGUUUCUAUUUUCUUAUUUCAUCUUCAUAUUCUUGCAGCCUAAUGGGCUUCCAUCUUAAUGGAUUUGGAAUAUUUGAAUUUGAUGGUUGAGUGCAAGAUGUUUCCAUGUUUGUCAUA